AUGGGUCAAACACUAUCGGAGCCGAUCGUCGACAAGUCGUCCGACAAGGGCGAAGAUGACCGCCUCCUCUACGGCGUGUCGGCCAUGCAGGGCUGGCGCAUCAGCAUGGAAGACGCCCACACCACUGUUCUUGACCUACUCCAGAACUUCCCCCUCGCCGCCAAGUCCCACGCCUCGAAAAUCAGCUUCUUCGGUGUAUAUGAUGGCCAUGGAGGCGAUAAAGUAGCCCUGUUCGCUGGAGAGAACGUACACAAAAUCGUUGCCAAACAAGAGUCUUUUAAGAAAAGCAAUUACGAGCAAGCCCUCAAGGACGGCUUUUUGGCUACUGACCGUGCCAUCCUAAACGACCCUAGGUAUGAGGAGGAGGUAUCGGGCUGCACUGCCUGCGUCGGCCUCAUCACCGACGACAAAAUCUAUUGCGCCAAUGCCGGUGAUUCCAGAGCCGUUCUCGGUGUCAAGGGUCGUGCAAAGCCAUUGUCGUUCGACCACAAGCCACAGAAUGACGGUGAGAAGGCACGCAUCACGGCUGCCGGCGGUUUCGUCGACUUUGGUCGUGUCAACGGCAACCUUGCCCUGUCCCGUGCGAUUGGCGAUUUCGAAUUCAAGAAGAGCGCCGAGCUGUCUCCCGAGCUUCAGAUUGUCACUGCGUAUCCCGACGUGACUGUUCACGACCUUACGGACAACGAUGAGUUCCUCGUCAUUGCUUGCGACGGUAUUUGGGAUUGCCAGUCCUCGCAGGCUGUUGUCGAGUUCGUCAGACGCGGCAUUGCCGCAAAGCAGGACCUCGACAAGAUUUGCGAAAAUAUGAUGGACAACUGCCUUGCCUCCAACUCCGAGACCGGCGGCGUCGGCUGCGACAACAUGACCAUGUCCAUUAUCGGUAUCCUCCGUGGCAAGACAAAGGAGGAGUGGUACGAGGAGAUCGCCCGGCGGGUGGCUGAUGGCGAUGGUCCGUGUGCCCCGCCUGAGUAUGCUGAGUUUCGCGGCCCGGGCGUCCACCACAACUUCGACGACAGCGACAGCGGCUACGACAUUGAGACUGACCACCGGUCACAAUCGUUUGGCAUCGGCGGCAACCGGGGAAGAAUAAUUCUUCUGGGCGACGGUUCCGAGGUCCUGACUGACUCGGACGAUACGGAGAUGUUCGACCGCGAAGACAAAGACCUGGAUAGCCAGGUCUCCAAGGCGUCCGCCUCGUCGGACGAUGAGACGGACGAGACCAAGGCGAGCAACGUGAAGAGCGAGGGUGCCGCAGAUGGCGCCGCAGUCAAGGUGGAGGACAGUUCCAGUGGUGCCGAGACAACAGAAGCCUCAAAGCCAGCGGGUGCCGAGGCGCCUGCCGCUGAUGCAUCCGCCAAGUAG